UUUCAAGAUUGCUGUUUUAUACAUUGUUAAAAUCGUACUUCAACUUCGUAAACCAGAGAUUCCAAAUCUUUAGGGAGUUAAAAUUAUUUGCACAAUUUCAGGUAGAUUAGCUAAAUUAAUGGAAAAUACAACAUUGGGACCUCGCUGAAUAGAGCAUUUCUUGGGAUGAAUAUUAUCAAACAGGUGGUGGCCGUCAAAUACGGUGGGAGAGCUGCUAAGACUUCAUUUGAAGCAGCAAGAUUGCGCCUAUUUCAUGAUGCUCCGGUGGAAGUGAACUCCGAGGAGCAGGAAGUUGUGAUUGCCCUAGGAAGCAAUGUGGGCGACAGGCUCCAUAAUUUUGAGGAGGCGUUGCAGCGGAUGAAGAAAUCAGACAUCCAGAUCACACGACAUGGCUGCUUGUACGAGACUGAACCUGCCUAUGUAACUGAUCAGCCUCGAUUCCUCAAUUCUGCUGUUAGAGCAACUACAAAGCUCGGCCCUCACAAGCUGCUGGCGACGCUCAAGGAGAUUGAGAGGGACUUGGGCCGAACUGCUGCCAUUAGGUACGGCCCUAGGCCUAUCGACUUAGACAUUCUGUUUUAUGGGAGUCGAACUGUCAACACCGAUACUCUUACCAUCCCACAUGAGAGAAUAUGGGAGAGGCCUUUUGUGAUGGCCCCUUUGAUUGAUCUGUUGGGAGUUCAACCAGACAACGAGACGGUUAAAUCUUGGCACACACUGUCGAGGCGUUCGGGUGGACUCUUUGAGGCGUGGGAGGAGCUGGGAGGCGAGUCACUCGUUGGGAAGGAUGGGAUGGAAAGAGUUUUGCCUGUUGGGAAUCGGUUGUGGAGUUGGUCUGCAAACACCUCUGUCAUGGGGGUUCUGAAUGUGACUCCUGAUAGUUUCAGCGAUGGGGGGAAGUUUCUAUCUCUCGAGUCAGCAGUUUCUCGGGUUCGAUCCAUGCUUCUAGAAGGUGCAGACAUAGUCGACUUAGGGGCACAAUCAACGCGCCCCAUGGCAUCUAAGCUGUCUCCCGAUCAAGAGCUGGAUAGACUGAUCCCCGUCUUGGAAGCUGUCAGAGAUAUGCCGGAGAUGGAGGGGAAGCUGAUAUCUGUCGACACUUUCCAUUCACAGGUCGCGUUGGAGGCGGUCAGCAAGGGCGCUCAUCUUGUCAACGAUGUGUCUGGUGGAAAGCUGGACGCGAAGAUGCAUGACGUGGUGGCUGCCCUUAGAACUCCUUACAUCGCGAUGCACAUGAGAGGCGAUCCAUCCACAAUGCAGAAUCGAGAGAAUCUAGCGUAUGAUGAUGUGUGUGGCGAUGUGGCAGCCGAGCUUUGCACGAGGGUUAGAGAUGCCGAGCUAUCUGGUAUUCCGGCAUGGAAGAUGAUCAUAGAUCCGGGAAUUGGAUUCUCCAAGAAUACUGAACAAAAUUUGGACAUUCUCAUGGGGUUGCCGGCCAUUCGGUCUGAGAUUGGUAAGAAGAGCUUAGCGGUGGCCCACGCCCCGUUGCUAGUAGGGCCUUCGAGGAAGAGGUUCUUGGGUGAGAUCUGUGGUCGGCCCAUUGCAGGCGAACGAGAUCCAGCCACUGUUGCCGCUGUCACGGCUGCGGUUCUGGGUGGAGCAAAUAUAGUGAGAGUGCAUAAUGUGAGAGAUAACAGAGAUGCUGUCAAACUCUGUGAUGCCAUGCUGAAUAGGAGAGGUUCUUGAAACCAUGCUGCUCACUUUCCCCCCCUUUUUUUUCCAUUUCAGUUCACAUUGACAAAUGCUUUUGUAGACACAACAACAACUGUAUUAAAAUUUUGUAUGCAAGAGAAAUGAGCAGCUGCAAGAUGAUGUUUCA